AUGCAGCUGAUAGAUACAGUCCAACGUUUAGGCGUUGGGUAUCUUUUUGAAAGGGAGGUUGAAGAAGCACUUGAAGACUUAUUUAUCAAUGUCGACGAAGACAACAAUACUGUCAAUCUCUAUCAUACAACUCUCCGCUUCCGACUGCUCAGACAACAGGGCUUGCCAGUUUCUCUUGAUGUGUUUAUGAAGUUGAAGGACAGUGAAGGAAGGUUCAAGGAAUGGUUGUCAUCGGAUGAGCAAGGACUGCUAAGCUUGUAUGAGGCAGCACAUGUGGCCCUCAAUGGAGAGGACAUAUUGGAUGAAAUUUUAAGUUUUGCAACGAGGACCCUCAAGAGGGUCCUCGUCACACACAAUAAGACUACCAACCAUUCAAUAUCCAAAAAACAAAUAGAAUUUUCCCUUCGCUUUCCCAUUUGGAAAUGCAUCCCAAGAUUGAUGACUAGGAACUACAUCGAUCUCUACUCUGAGGACCCUUCCCACGACCCGAAACUCCUCACAUUCGCAAAGUUGGAUUUCAACAGAGUCCAAAAGUUCCAUCAGCAGGAGCUCCAUGAAAUCACCAAGUGGUGGAGCAUUGUUCAAGUAGCCACCAACUUCCCAUAUGCAAGAGACAGAGUCGUGGAGUGCUAUUUUGGUAUGACUGCCAUUUACUUCGAGCCCAAAUAUCGACGGGCAAGAAUGAUACUCAGCAAGAUCUGUUUGACUAUGAUACUUGUGGAUGACACGUAUGACAACUACGCUACAUAUGAAGAGCUUCAAAUUCUCACAAAAGCCAUUGAAAGGCUGGAAAUUGAGGCUCUCGAAACACUACCUGACACGAUGAAGGAUAUUUACCAUAUCAUUCUUAACACAUAUGAAGAAAUCAAGAUGGAACUUGGAAAAAUUGGAUGCUCUUUCGGUGCUGAGUAUGCUAAGGCCGAGCUGAAACGGAUGUGUCGAUCCUUCUUGGUUGAGGCUCGAUGGCGUACUGAAGGCUAUGUUCCAACGGUGGAGGAGUAUAAGACAACUGCAUAUAUCACCAGUAGUUCUCUCAUCGUUCCCACGUAUGCAUUUCUUGGAAUGGGAACAGAAAUAGUGACGAGAGAUGCUCUCAAAUGGCUUACUAAUGAGCCAAAGAUGCUAAGAGCCAUCGGGGCCAUUACUAGGCUCCAUAAUGAUAUCGUAUCUUAUGAGAUGGAGCGAAAGAGAGAGCAUGUGGCUUCUGCUGUGGACUGCUAUAUGAAAGAGCACGUAAAAUCACAAGAGGAAGCCACUGAAAUCAUUUGGAAGGAGAUUUCUGAAGCUUGGAAAGACAUUACUAAAAUGCAUCAGAAACCAACUCCAUUACCUGCGGCUCUAAUAGAACGUCUUCUCAAUUAUGCACGUUUUUAUCAUGUGUUAUAUGAGCAUGGAGAUGCCUACACCCAUCCCCAGCUAAUGAAAGCACAAGUUGCUUCAUUGUUCGUCAAUCCUGUUCCUCUUUAA